UCACUCACACUAAACUUUCUCCCAUGUAAAGAAAGAGCCCAACUCUCUCUGCUGCAUUUGCAUGUAUAUAUCUACAAAUAUCCCUAGCUGUGUAGAUAAAACAAAUGUACAAUCUUAUACAUGAGUACCAUGUUAUUCAACAGAUACAUACAUUGUAUCUUAUUCUUAUCCUAUAUUAUCUUUUCUUCUUUACACAUUUUUUGGUUGAAAGAUUUGCAUGACUAUAGAAAUGUAUGGUGAGACUAUAAAUACGGGGUUUUCAAGUUUAGGAAUUUUAAAUCUAAACUCUCAACAAACAACAAAUCUCAUUAAGUGUCAGUUACUAUAUAGUUUUGGUUAGUAGAAGAGUCAUAAUUGCAAAAUGGCUUCUUCUCGAGACAGGGGAGGCUCUGUUUUCCUCUGUUUUCAACUCUGUUUCAUUGUUUCUCAUUUCUUGUUGAGCAAUAACAGAGUUUUAGCCCAACGCCAGCCUCGUUUUGCUUGCGAUGCGGUGAGGGAUCCCGGGGUGAGUAACUAUAGAUUCUGCGAUCAAACGUUAGACGUGGAAUCGAGGGUGAAUGAUUUAAUGAGCAGGAUGACAUUGGAAGAGAAAAUUUUGAAUUUGAUAAAUGAUGCCAGAGGAGCAAUUAGACUGGGAGUUCCUGAGUAUAAUUGGUGGUCUGAGGCUUUACAUGGAGUCUCUAAUGCUGGGCGUGGCACGAAUUUUACGGCUCCGGUUUUUGCAGCUACAAGCUUUCCUCAAGUCAUAUGCACUGCAGCUUCGUUCAAUACUUCUCUGUUUUACACAAUUGGAAAGGUGGUAUCAACAGAAGCUAGAGCAAUGUAUAAUGCUGGUGUAGCUGGAUUAACAUUCUGGUCACCAAAUGUCAACAUUUUCCGGGAUCCGAGAUGGGGAAGAGGUCAAGAGACACCAGGAGAAGACCCUUUGCUGACAAGUAGAUACGCAAUCUCCUACGUCAGAGGUUUACAAGAAAGAGAUGAUGGUGAUAAAUACCGGCUUAAAGUUGGCGCCUGUUGUAAACAUUACACGGCUUAUGAUCUUGAUAACUGGAAAGGGAUUGAUCGAUACCAUUUUAAUGCUCUGGUAACCGAGCAAGAUAUGAGUGAUACAUAUCAGCCCCCAUUCAGGAGUUGUGUAACUGAAGCAAAUGUAGCAAGUGUUAUGUGUUCUUACAACCAAGUUAACGGCAAGCCAACUUGUGCAGAUGCAGACCUCUUGACAGGAGUAAUCCGUAACGAAUGGAAGUUAAAUGGAUACAUAAGUUCUGACUGUGAUUCAUUAGAAGUCAUGUUCGAUAGUCAACAUUAUACUAGGACUCCUGAAGAGACUGCAGCAGAUGCUCUGAAAGCAGGUGUGGAUCUCAACUGUGGAGAUCAUCUAAGAAAGUUCACACUAGCUGCAGUGCAAAAGGGAUUAGCGGCAGAAGCAGAUGUCAAUAGGGCUGUCAAGAACAAUUUUGCAAUGUUGAUGAGACUUGGCUUUUUCGAUGGUGAUCCAAGACAGCACAUUUAUGGAAAUCUAGGUCUGAAUGAUAUUUGCACCCUGGAGAAUCAAGAACUAGCCCGUGAAGCAGCGCGACAAGGGUUCGUGCUCCUCAAGAAUAGUCCUGGAUCACUACCUUUAUCUCCUAGAGCCACUGAAUCUAUUGCAGUUAUUGGACCUAAUGCCAAUGUCACGAAAACUAUGAUUGGUAAUUAUGCAGGCAUACCGUGCAGAUAUACAACUCCUCUGCAAGGCAUAGCAGCAGUGGUCCCAGAGACGAUUUAUUCACCAGGUUGUGCCAACGUAGAAUGUGUCACUGCCCAAGUAGACGACGCUAAGAGGAUAGCAUCCACAGCAGACGCAACAGUUUUAGUCGUUGGAGCUGAUCAAUCAAUUGAAGAAGAAUCCCGGGACAGAAUUGACAUUUCUCUUCCAGGACAGCAGACGUUUCUAGUCCAAGAAGUUACAAAGGCAUCAAAAGGACCCGUCAUACUUGUAAUUAUGUCUGGUGGAGGAAUGGAUGUACAAUUUGCAAAAGAUGACCCUAAGGUCACCAGCAUCUUGUGGAUUGGUUACCCUGGUCAAGCCGGUGGAGCUGCAUUAGCCGAUAUCCUUUUUGGCUUCUACAAUCCCAGUGGAAGACUACCAAUGUCAUGGUAUCCGCAAUCAUACGUAAAUAAUGUAGACAUGACAAACAUGAACAUGAGACCAGAUCCUGCCACCGGAUAUCCAGGUCGAACAUACAGGUUUUACAGGGGGCCAACAGUAUACACAUUUGGUGAUGGCCUAAGCUACUCACUAUUCAGUCAUAACCUAAUUAAAGCCCAAAAACUUGUAUCGGUACCACUGGGGCGCCAUCAUUUUUGUAAAAGAUUUCGGUGCAAAUCCAUCGAUGCUUCUGAAAAAACUUGCAAGAAUGUACAUGUCAGAGUUCAUUUGAAAGUGAAAAAUGCAGGAGGAAUGAGUGGAGGCCAUACCGUCUUCUUAUUUUCGACGCCUCCAGGUGUGCACAAUGCACCUCAGAAACAGCUGCUGGGAUUCGAGAAGGUGUUUUUGACACCAAAAGAAGAGGGGAUUGUGAGGUUUCAUGUAGAUGUUUGCAAACAUUUGAGUGUGGUGGAUAAAGCUGGAAAAAGAAAACUUGCAUUAGGAAUGCAUGUUCUUCAUGUUGGAAGUAUAAAACAUUACUUGAUGGUUAGCAUAUAAUUUGGGACAUGAAUUAUAUACAUUAUUUAAAGCUGUAAGAAGAUUGAAAUUGAAUGAAACAGGAGUGAAUCUGGAAUACAUUUCACAAUAUGUUGAGUGAAAUCCAGAGCAUAUUGAAACAAUAAUAUGAUAUCAGGUUUGAUAGUUCUUUUUAUUGU